AUAUCAUCGUCUUUUAGUCACUUCAAAUCCGGUAGACAAUGCGCAUCAAUCUUUUAUUUAUUUUAUUAGUGGGGUUUUGCAACAACAUCCCCGCAACGUGGUGUUCCAAGGAGGACGGCCGAAAUGGGAGUGAACUAAUCGAUUUUUGGACAGAUAGUUACAAUGAAAUUCUUUUGCAAUUUCGUUUUAAAAGAAACACACAGCAAUUGGAAAUAAUUGGAGCUGGGGAUCCCCUCAACGAUGGUGAACACCAGAAGCACGCCGAGGAAGUUAAGGUCAAGAGAGGCCGUAGAAGAUCCAAAAAACGUCCCAGGUUGAUGCCAUUAAAUGCUAACUUGGAGAAUAUGGACAGCGGAAAAUUACAACAACCUGAUACUAGAGGAGCAAUAACUGAGGAUAAUUUAAAUUCCCAAAAUUCAGGAAAAAAUCAAACAAAGGAAACUGAUGAACAAAACACAACUGCCAUCAAUUUUGGCGAUGCAUGUCAGCGAAACUGUAAAAAGGAGCCUCACAUUGCUUGUGGCAAUAAUCAGACCCUUUCGCCGCAAUGCAAACCGGGCACCAAACCGCUGAGAUUUACAACAGAACAACAGCAGUUUUUGCUGGAUCUACACAACGACAUACGCAACCGAGUUGCCGGCAAUCUAACCAAAUGUGCAGCAGCUUCCCGGAUGGCCACAGUGCAAUGGCAUGCCGAACUGGCCGAAUAUGCUCUGCUCAAUGCGAUGAGAUGUAAAAUGCAACAUGACCAUUGUCAUACCACCAAAGAAUUCCGUCAUCCUGGACAGAAUUUGGCAUGGAUGAAAUGGCCUGCUCGUUGGCACUCUGGUAAACUGGAGCCGAUUGUGCGGGGACUAGUCAACGAUUGGUAUGACGAAGUGCAGCAUACGCAACAAGAGGAUUUGGAUACAUUUGCGGGAAAUGGGGAAAAAGUUAUUGGCCACUUUACGGCCAUGGUCAAUGAGUGCAAUAGCCAUAUGGGUUGUGGUGCGGUCCUCACGGAGGCGGGCGCCACAAAAACCCUAUUGCUGGUGUGUAAUUAUGCCCGAAAUAAUUUCUAUAAUCGAGCGGUCUAUCAAAAGGGUCCGGCGGGAAGUCUGUGUGUGACGGGCGUGAAUCCGCAGUAUCCGAAUUUAUGUUCCAUUGAGGAAAAAUAUGAACACAAUAAAUAAGGGUGAUGCCAAGAAAGCAGGCAUUUAAAAGUUUUCGAUACUUAUGUAAAGCAGGACUAGCCCACCACUACCUACACAAUCUUCG